AUUAACCCCGUCUGAAUUACCGUAUCCCACUUGCCGACACGCCCGUCUUCUCUCUCUACACUUCUGUGUCGCAUCAGAAAACAAUUUUCCGGCUAAUGCACGACACAUUACUUCGGCGGCCGUCGGGUUCCUUUCUUUUCCAUGAUUCUCCCUGAGCUUAGUGGGAAUUGACUACCAGUCUUAGAUCGGAGAGGAAAACGAAGAAAAAGGUUAAAAUUUCAAGCUUUGAAGUGUUUCUGGGGAAGAAGAAGGUUUAGAAGAUGAGGCUAAGGAAACCGGUGCUGUUCUUGCUGCUGGUUACGGUUCUUGCCCCAAUAGUUCUCUAUACUCACACUCUCACCACUUAUUUCAUUACAUCCUCUUCCCGAAAUGAAUUUGUGGAAGAUGUAUCCACUUUUACAUUGGGUGGUGAAAUCAGGCCUUUAAAUGUACUGCCUCAGGAGUCUGAUAAUGCAAUGAAAGAACCACUAGGUGUUGUGUAUUCAGAAAACUCAAGAUUUUCCCAUUGGGACAACUCGGAUACUCUGAAAGAGGAAAAUGCGCGCAAAGCCAGACAGCUCUCUGAAGAAUUGCUAGAAAAUGAAACUGCAAAGGCGUCUAAUUGGAACAGCACUAGAGGAUAUGAAAACAGAAAGGGUGAGAAUCCCAUAAGGCAGGUGACUCUUGAGGGACGUGUAACACAUCAUGAGGAUGAAAAUAGGGCAAAACCCAUUCCUAAUAGGUCAAAUGGAAAUAGUAGUAGAUCUCAUACAAGGGAAAGCGCCCACACAUCUGACAUAUCACCUACAAAUAUGAAAACAAGACACAAUGAGCAUACUUAUAAGGCCUCUUCUCAAAGGCUCAUUAGGAACAACCCUAAGAGUCAGAGCAACCAAGUGGGACCGCCAGAUGUUGUUAUUCGCCAACUUAAAGAUCAGCUUAUAAGAGGGCGGGUUUACCUUUCGCUCUCUGCAACUAGUAAAAAUGCACACUUCAUAAGAGAGCUCCGCUUGCGUAUGAAGGAAGUUCAAAGAGCAGUUGGUGUUGCUACAAAGGAUUCUGAAUUAUCAAGGAAUGCCUAUGAGAAGUUGAAAGCAAUGGAGCAAACAUUGGCUAAGGGGAAGCAAAUACAAGAUGAUUGUUCUGCAUAUGCAAAGAAGCUUCGAGCGAUGCUUCACUCUACAGAGGAGCAGCUUCGGGCCCACAAGAAACAGACACUGUUUUUGACCCAUUUAACCUCUAAAACACUUCCCAAGGGUCUUCAUUGUCUUCCCUUGCGCCUCACAACAGAAUAUUUUAUGUUAAGUUCAUCUCAACAGCAUUUCCCAAAUCAAGAGAAGUUGGAAGAUCCAAAGUUAUACCACUAUGCAAUCUUCUCAGAUAACAUAUUAGCAGCAGCUGUUGUUGUAAACUCUACUCUUUCCCAUUUGAAGGAUUCUUCAAACCAUGUUUUCCACAUAGUCACUGACAAGCUCAACUUUGCUGCAAUGAGAAUGUGGUUUUUGGCUAACCCCCCAAAAAAUGCUACCAUAGAAGUUCAGAAUGUGGAGGACUUCACAUGGUUAAAUUCAAGUUACAGUCCAGUACUCAAGCAAUUGAGUUCCCCUUCAAUGAUUGAUUAUUACUUCAGGGGCCGUCGUGCAAAUUCUGAUCCAAAUGUGAAGUUCAGGAACCCAAAGUAUCUUUCAAUCAUGAACCAUCUUCGUUUUUACUUACCAGAGAUAUUCCCGAAACUGAAAAAGGUUCUCUUUUUGGAUGAUGAUGUCGUGGUCCAAAAGGAUCUUACACCCCUUUGGUCAGUUAAUAUGAAAGGUAAAGUUAUUAGUGUGGUUGAGACAUGUGGAGAAAACUUCCAUCGGUUUGAUCGCUACCUCAACUUCUCAAAUCCUUUGAUUUCUAAGAAUUUUAACCCCCGUGCUUGUGGAUGGGCGUUUGGAAUGAAUAUGUUUGAUCUAACUCGGUGGAGGAGCCAGAACAUCACUGAGGUGUAUCACUCUUGGCAGAACCUGAAUCACGAUAGACAACUGUGGAAGUUGGGCACUCUCCCGCCUGGCUUGAUCACCUUUUGGAACCAAACUUAUGCCCUUGAUCGGACCUGGCAUGUCCUCGGCCUCGGCUAUGAUCCGAUGGUUAAUCAGAAGGAAAUUGCAGUAGCAGCAGUGAUACACUACAAUGGGAACUUGAAACCUUGGCUUGAAAUAAGCAUUCCCAAGUUCCGGAACCACUGGUCGAAGUUCAUUGAUUAUGAUCAAGUCUAUUUGCGAGAGUGUAAUGUCAAUUCAAUGAGUGACUCUUGAUGGUUUUUCCACCUUCCCAUUAUUGUUUUUGUUUUUAAUGUCAUUUUUAGUCCAAACCCAUAUUGUCCUUGAACUCUUCAAACGUCUCAUUUAGCCCCUAAGCUAACUAAAGUCGCUCAUUAAUGACACUGAGUUUCAAAGAAAUAAAACUAACAAUCCUGGUCAACUUUAGGCAUAUCAUAUACGAAGUACAUGCUUAGGUAGUUGUUGAAAGCUUUAGUCUGACAACAGCAAUGCAGGAAAAACACACCAUAAACCUGAAACUUUCGGUUCCAGUUGUAUCAAUUUGAAUAUAUAAUGUUUUCUUCAGUGCAACUUGCAGCUUUCUUCACAUGCCUAAUCACAUUUGUGUUUGAUGCAAGUACAUAAAUGGCAUGUCUAAAGUCGUGUUGUUUUUUUACAGUUCAGGGUCAUGAAUGAGUUAAUUUAGUUAGCUUAAGGGCUAAAUGAGAUGCUUGAAGAGUUCGGGUUCAAUAUGGUUUUUUGUUGCUGAAUGUUCUAUCCCAGUUCAUUUUUUAGCAUUUAUCCGUACUACGCGCAGGCUAGUGGAGUCUCUCUCCUUGUAUCGUAGAGGUCUAGAGUUUGAAUCCAACUUGUUGUCAAUGCAACAGAAAGGUACCUAGACUAUGCCAUUGAUCGCACCCUCCAUUACCAUUGUGUGGGACCUUCGGCACUGGGUAGGCCCUUUUUAUAUUCUUUAUGGUACAUAUUUUUGUUAGUUGAGAAAUGAAGUUGUGUUGAUAAUUUGUAUGCCUAAUGGAUGCAUCUGUAAAUAACAGACUAAGCAGUGUCUCUUUCUUGAAACAUUUAUGUAGAUCUCAGAUAGAUGAUGCCAUUUUCCAUUACAUUAUUCUACGUAUAACUUAAUGUACUAUUAUUUCCAAUUUGUAAAAACUAUAUUUUGGGGUUGAGAAUGAUGUUUAUGUGCUAGUAAAU